GCCCACCUGUGUCAUAUGACCCAAAACAACCUGUAAGGGCCUCUCUUCUCUCUCUCUCCCUCUCUCUCUCUCUCCCUCCCUCCCUCCCUCUCUCCCUGCUCCCCAUUCCAGGAAUUCAAGCUGAUGUACGGGAUGCUCUUCUCCAUCCGCUCCUUCGUUAGCAAAAUGAGCCCUGUGGAUAUGAAGGACGGCUUCCUCUCCUUCCAGACCAGCAAGUACAAACUGCACUACUACGAGACGCCCAGCGGACUCAAGGUGGUCAUGAACACCGACCUGGGAGUGGGCAACAUCCAGGACAUCCUGCACCAGAUCUACGGCUAUAUUUACGUGGAGUAUGUCGUCAAAAACCCCCUCUGCAGCUUAAACGAGAGCAUCCAGAGCGAGCUUUUCCGGAACAAGCUGGACAGCUUCGUCCGGGCGUUGCCCUUCUUCUCGGCUCGUGCCGGCUAGCUCUCUCUUUUUUUCCUGACACCCCCUCAAGGACUCCUCGGAGUACGAAUGGUCCAGAAACAGCAAGCCGCUUCAUUUCCCAUGAGGCUGGGCAUUUGCAUACCUUUCGCCAGGAACUGCGCCUCCGUUUCCCAUCCGAAGAACUACAUCGGGCUGUCGCACCGUCGCUGGGUGCCGUUCUAUUUAUAGUGGAAUAUUCUGAUAUUAUUUUUCUUUUUUUUAAUAAACCGGGUCUCAAGUUA